AUGGGAAAGAGCCAGGGCCAGCAGGAGAAGAUUCCCUCGAAGAAGAGGAAGAUCGCCAUCGCCAAGCAGAACAAGACUGAGGUGGAAUUCGUCAACAAGAUCUUCCCCUUCAUCGUCGCUGCCAUGGUGGGUGCCUUCCUGGUGGCCAUCGUUCUUCUCUUCAUCAAGGCGAGCGCUAGCGCCCCCGAUGCGGCCAAGGACCUCAUCGAAGGCGCCGUUGACCAGGCUGCCGCCGCUGCCGGGCUGGACUAA